AUGUUAGUAUUAUUUAGAUACUGUCAGGCUACAGAAAAUAAUAGUUCUGCAAAAUAUACUUUAUCUGGCAUGGUAGAAGAACCACAAGAAACUAGAGUGUUGAGGUCUUUGCAUGGAAAUAUGGUGCCUCCGGGCAUCCGCAUGCCAUCCUCCAUAUACAGAGGUAUGAACCCCAAGUGUACGGACUUACUCAGGGUGUGGUUAACUACGUGUAUGAGGGCGACGUUAUGCCGCUCGAAGAAAGGAUUUGCAAGUAUGUGGUGCUUUUUCUUCUAUACCUUUGAAACGCUGGAUACCCUAGGUCCCAAGGGCUGGCAGGAAAAGCUAGCAGACUCUAAAAGCAGGCUCUGGCUCCAGAAGAAGCAACACUCGUCCCUAUUCGAGAGGGCACCAGAAGGGGCAAUGGUUCGAGAAUAUAUAAAGGCUACCUAUCGAUCGAAUAAAGAGAAGGAGAGGAACCCGGGUGUUGCUCAAGGGAUUGCGGGUGCUGCCAGAGGCCGCGGGACGUAUCACCUUCCGGGGAGCUGUAUUAUGGCCACUGCACACCGUAUUGUCUCUGCUGCACGCGAGAGCGAGGGUUUACAGGAAUACCCAAGGAAUAUAACUUCAAGCUCCCGGAAUGGAAACCUACCGCCGAAGACAUGGAGACGACGACAAGCCACGGCUCUCAUGACGCCAGCAGACGGACAGGCACGAGCGCUUCACCCGCUGUUAUUGUUUCCUGCAUGA